AUGUCGGAAAGCCAUGAGUCCGUCAGCCAUUGUCCCAUUCCGGAGCACCCCACCAUCUUGCUGCUGAAUUCACGGCCUUGGUUGUAUGACAUCCAGGUAGCGAAGCUUCGAGACGUGUCCGAUGAACAGUUGGAUGCUGCCCUGUCAGUUGGCACUGACGUCCUCUGGCUCCAAGGUUGCUGGCAGCUAGGUCCGUACGGUCGACAGCAUGACCUGGCAGAUCCUGGGCGAUGCCAACAUUUCCGCCACUGCUUGCCGGAUUUUACAGAGGAUGACUGCAUCGGAUCCCCAUAUGCAGUGCAUGAAUACCUGUGCAACCCAAUGCUGGGCACAGAGGAAGAUUUGGCGAAGUUCCGACAGAGAUUGGCUGCCAAAGGUGUGGCCCUGAUGGUGGAUUUUGUGCCAAAUCAUAUGGCAAGAGAUAGUCCUUGGACUGAAACGGAUGGCCUGUUCAUCAAAGGUCGAAAGGGUGAUGUUGCCUUCGGACGUGAUCCAUACUCUGGCGACUGGACGGACACCGCCCAGUUGAAUUAUUGGUCGGAGACCUGUCGGCAGCACAUGCUGCAGGAGUUGUUGCACCUGGCAGAUCGCUGCGACGGGAUGCGGGUGGACAUGGCCAUGCUCUGUGUGAACGACGUGGUGGAGAGGACCUGGGGCCCCUUGCUGCGAGAACAAGGUUUUCAGCGACCACACGAAGAAUUCUGGGUUUGGGCGCUUCCACAACUGCAGAAGAGUCAUCCAAACUUCCUCUUGGUGGCAGAAUGCUACGAGUAUGAAGAGAUCUUGCCGCACGGCACGAUGUUGGAGCUGCUCCGGCAAGGCUUCAGCGCGGCCUAUGACAAGGUGAUGUACGACAGGCUGACGGAGGGGCACAUGGACAAGUUGAGGGGUCAUCUCUAUCAUCAUCCCUGCAUGGGCUCAGGGAAGUUGUGCCAUUUCACGGAGAACCACGAUGAGGACCGCUCAGCUCCCCAUUUUGGCCCACGAGCCUUAGCAGCGACUGUGGCUUCAUUGACACUACCAGGGCCGCGCCUUGUGAUGUGGGGUCAGGUGUUGGGUUUCCGCCAACGGCUGGCGGUCCACUUGAGACGGGCAAUCCGUGAGGCUCCAGAUGCGGCGCUUUCCAGCGCCCUGCAGGGCUUGCUAUCCGCCCUCAGCAAGUGUCGAGGAUCCUGGCAGGCCACCCUGCCCAUGCAUGGCGAUGAAGCUUGGAGGUUGUUGGCCUGGGCCUGGAAAGGGCCUGGAUCUGCAGCGGUGAUCGCUGUGAACUACACUGACCAGGAGGCCUGGGCGCACAUCCAGCUCCAGGACGUGCUCGCAGAGGCGCCCACGGAUCAGUUGCAGCUGACGGAUGCGCUCACCGGAGAGGCAAGGCGAAGCAGCCUCACGCGACUUUCAGUUGUGGGCCUGGCUACGGCCACAGUUUGUUUGCCUCCGCCCCGGCAAGAGGAGUUUCCUGCGCUUCGAGGCGGCAAGAACUUCUCGAAAAAUACCGCGCGCAUCAACAGAUUUUUAAAGAAAACGCCAUCAGCACGAGCUGCCGUCAUUGGAAUCAAAGAAUUCUACUGGCAUGAGAGGCCCAAAGGAAUGAUCCUUGAGGCCCUUGUGUGGCGCCUCUCGAAGACUUGUUCAUUCUCGUUGACACGCACCGCUCGUGAAUAUGUUGGGUCUGCACGAGAGACUUGGAAAUUGCAGAAGGAAUGCUUUCAUUUUUUUAUGUAUGUCCGGCGCGAGCUGAGAAAUUGGAAGGCUUCAAGCUUUGGAAGGCGUUUGACAAAAGAUCUGGAAUCCCUUUCAGCGAUGAAACGAGAGGAACACAUCCAGAGUUUUGAGAAAUUGGCGAAAUCGACUGGUAGCCGAGAUAUUUUUUACUUGAUGCUGUUGCCAGAAAUUUUUGAGACGGCAAAGGCAGAGUGGACGACCCAGCAGGCUGGCCCUUGGCCUACGUGUGGUGAGCUCGACAAAAAGAUGCGAGAACGGGAGAAGCGGGGGCAAAGGUCUUUGAGCGAAGCCGUGCGACUCUGUGCAGCUCCGUUUGAAGCCGUUCCAGUCUCACGUCCUGCUGUGCAGCUGGUGAGGUCAAUCGCUUUCGGAGCAAAAGCGAAGGGGCGUCAUGGCCAACUCUUGGGAUGGUGGGACACGGAGGAUCAUGGCGGGGUGCAACGCGGCGCCGCGCGGAAACAUCGGUUUAAAGCCAUUCCAGUCGCAUGUCCUGCUGUGCGGCUGGUGAUGUCAAACGCUCUGGGGCACAAAAUCUCAAGGGGAACUGCUGGGAGUAUUGUGGGUGGCUGGGGAUUGGAUUUGAGGAUCUGUGCGCAACCAGAGCCGCGGGAUGGCCAAGCCAUGCCCAUCAAGAUGAGGCAGAGCAGCUUUGGGCGACUGUCCACUGUGUGCCUGGCUGCGGCCACAGUCUGUUGGAAUUUUCUGCUGCCUCCCGGAGACAGGAGGAGUUUCCCAGGCUUCGUGGAGGGCAAGACUUCUACAACAAUUCUGCCCGCAUCAACAAAUUCUUGGAGCAAACGCCUGCAGCCAGAGCUGCCAUCAUUGGAGUCAAAUCACUCCAGUUCGAUGACAGGCCGAAAGGAUUACUGCUGGAGGCCAUUGCGUGGCGCCUCUCGAAGACUUGUCCAUAUCAGUUGACACGCACGGAGCGUGUUUUUGCUGGGUCUGAAGAAGAGACAUGGAAAUUGCAUAUGGAAUGCUACGCGUUUUUUUUGCGUGUCAUACAGCACCUGAGGGAGUGGGAGGCUUCACCUUUUGGAGGUGAUUUGAAAGCCGAUCUAGCAUUGCUACCAGAGAGGAAGCAGGAGGAACAUAUCCAGAGGCUCGAAAAGUUGCGGGAGGACAGCAAAGAUUCCGUCUACAUGAUUUUGUCGGUAGACAUCCUUCGGACGGCCCAGGAGAAGUGGACCGAACAGGAUGGCCCUUGGCAUUUGUACCUUGGCAGGAAGCUUGUGGAGUUCUUCCCUUUUGGCAAGAAGAGGGGCAGGCUCAGCAAGAAGCCGCGCGGCUUCGCUGCGUCGUGACUUCAACCCCUCCAGUUUCUUGCCAAUUCCAACCCGGAACUUUUGGGCUUCUGGCUCUUGG